AAAAGAAAACGGGAAUUCAAAAUUUUAAAUAAAUAGUAUAGUUUUCAACGCGAUUCGCCUCCCAACGGUCAUUUGAUCAAUUCACUUUCUCUGAUCAUUCUAUCCAAACUACUCUCUCCCUCCAAAAGAUCAACUAGAAGAUAGAAAAAAAAAAAAAAAAUCCUUGUUUCAUUCAGAGCUAUGAGAAUGGAUGUUGUUGAUAAGAACGGUCCGUCAUCAUCGACUGCAAUUAAGCACCCUUCAAUCUCCAAAGAUGAGAAUGAGGAAAGCUAUGAAGAAAUGGGAGUAAAUGUGCAAAACUCAAAGAAACCAACAACAAAGCACUAUAUGUCACCAACAAUUUCUGCAGCUUCAAAAGCCAAUCCUCCAAGAAAGAAAAUCUUAGCCGAAAGGAAUGAGUCUCUGGAUAACUCUCUCCAAAAAACGCCCGCAAGUCUUGAUUCAAAAGCCACUUCUAGUACUGAAUUUGAUGAUAAUGAGCAAAAUGUUCUUGUUGAUGAUUUGUCAUCAGGGCCUUAUGACCCCUUAACUAAUUAUCUCUCUCCAAGGCCUAAAUUUCUCCGCUAUAAGCCUAACAGGCGCCAGGAAUUAUUUCUUAGAAGAGAAAAUCAGGCGAAAGAAGGCAAUGAUGAUGGGUUAACCAUUGUUGGAAAUGGUUCGUUGAAGACAGAGAAGGGCAUUAAUAGUGAAGCUAACUUGGCUAGUUCUUGUGGUUCUUUGGCUACUGGUUUUAAUGACGCUAAUGUGAAGCAAGAAAGUGAAUUGAUGGAUGAAAGUGAAGAUGAAUUUGAGGAGGUAUGUGAGGAAGGAGGUUGGGGUUUUAGAGGAAUACUAAAAAUUUUGGUCUUGUUGACUGUUUUGGUGUUUUCUACUUUAUAUAUUUCCUCUAUGAACUCUCCCACACCUCCACCUGUUGUACAAGCAGUUAUGGGUCUUAAGGAUGGGUAUCAUAUGAUACAAGGUCAUAUACAUGAAUUUGUGAUGAGUCUUGAGAGUGGAAAGUACUUAUUGGUUGACAGAGAAGGAACACAAAUGAGUUUUAUUGAUAUAGAUGGAAUUGAGGAAGAAGAGAUGAUUGAAGAUGUAAAGAUCGGAGAAACUGAACACAGUGAUGGGUUGAAUGAAGUGAUGGAGAUAAGAAAUGGAGAAGUCAAAGUUCUAGAGAUGGUUGAAGAUGAAGAGGAAGGAGUAGUAGAUGAGUUUAGAGAAGGGGAAGAAAGUGCAGAUGCCAGCGAUCUUGGAGAGAAGGGAAUAGUAGACGAGGUUUUCAAGGUACAAGCAGGAGAAAGUGCAGAUGCUAGUGAUCUUGAAAUGGCAAGAAUAGGAGAGGUUUCUAAUGAGGUGGCUGCAAAUUCUGAGUUGCAGGGACCGGAAGCUGUUGAAGUGAUUCAAAUGCCCCUAACAAAUGAAUCAAGUGUUCCUAAUACUCUUGAGAAGGAAAAUGAGAUGGUGCAUGAGCCAAUUAAAGAAGAAAUCUUUGAUAGGGAAAUGGGUGGAAUUGGGAAUAUCACUGAUGAUUAUGAUGUCCAUGAAGUUCUUACUCCAAAUGAGGGGCUUAUCAAACACUUGGAAACUGAAUCAAUUCUGAAAGCUGUCAUUGGGUUUUCUGUCUUUUCUUCGAUUGUAGCAUUUCUGGUAUUGGUUCUUCACUUUAGAAAGAACAGAAAUGCAAGCAAGGACUCUCAUCCAGUUGUUGAGCCUUGUUUGGACUCUGUGAUAGCAGAGAAAUGCUGCUCACUGCUUGCUAAUGAAGAAGACAUGGAUAAGCACAUUGAACAUCCUGUUUCAUUUGCCAACUCCAUGUCUCUGAUUAAUUCACUGGAAGAAGAUUCCAAACAAACAUAUGAAAGCCGAGCGCCAACAAUUGAGUUGCUUGGUGAGCUUGUGGUGGGAGAGAUGAGCAGCUCUCUCAGGAGCUGUGGCGUGAAAAGCAGAAUGAUAGAGAGUGAAGUGAGCAGUUAUUCCGUGUCCAUGGAGAAAGGUAUAGGCAGCAAGGCUAAUUCACUUCCUGUUCGUGUGCAGCCAGCUUUAUCACAGAUCUCAAAAAUUAAUUUGCCUUCAUACACUGAUGAGAAGAAAAUUGUGAAGAAAGAGGAGGGAGGAGAUGGAGAAGUCAAUAAAGUACUGGUAACAACUCCUCUGAGACGAUCAAGCAGGAUUCGCAAUCGUCCAAUUGCAUCUCCCUGAUUAUUUCUACUGAGCCUGCUUCAUAUGAAACAGCUUUUCUCUGUUGUUUCAUUUUGCAGCCCACUUCCUCUCACAAGAAUAUUGUCUAUUUUCUUUGUAAUGCUUUCCCCACCAAUAAUUAGGGUUUCCUAUCAUUAUCUUGUAAUGAAUGAAGGUGGAUUCCAUUUGCUAAUAGAUUUAUUACUGAUGAUAA